AUUUAAUUUGACAAUCUCCGUGAUUGGCUGCCCUGUCAGCGCAGCUCUCCGAUUUGUCGAUCCCGGUACCGUGACGUAGACGGCCAAUCGAGAGCCUCUGGUCUGCACCGCCGCACGACCCCCGCGCCACCUGUCGCUCCGGUACUUUGCGUUCAUUGAAAACCUGCCCGGACUUUAUUAUUGACGCACGCGCAUUGAGGCCCAACAAAGGGCCGAAUUAGGAACGGUUUGUAAGUGAAUCUGAUGUAUUUAUGUUAUAAAAAUGGUGAAAUCUGUGAAGUGGCGAGUAGAAAUUAGAAUAUUCGACGUGUCGAAUCAUGACCGAGGCAUCUGAGAAUGAAUGCCUGGUGCGGGUCCGCGCGCAGGUGAUGUGCCGGGACGAGGCGACGGGCGGCUGGGUGGCGCUCGGGGGCGGCGGGCUGGCCGACGUCGUGCUCGGCCGGCGCGCCCGGCGACGGACCUCGGUGGCGUGCGAGACCGCUACCUCGUCAGCCUCGCACGAGUACUACAUCCACGGACGCCGGAUCAGCGACAAUGUGGUCGUGCUCGAAUGCACGUUGAUGCGAGACUUCGAUUAUCACAAGGUGAUGCCAACAUUCCACCACUGGGUGACAGACGGACGGAAGUUCGGCCUGACCUUUCAGACGGCGGCCGACGCGAGAGCCUUCGAUAAGGUCGUGAGAGUGCUCACUGAGGGGAAAUCUGGCUGCAGCGGUCUGUGGCCGUCACUGCCGUACCCAGACGGACAACGACCGCUGGACAGGGAGGAGGACGAGGAGAACAAUAUAUUUGAAUGUCUCGACCUGCCCACGGAGUCGCGCUCCAGCUCCGAGAACUCGUCCGCCAGCCGGGGCCGCUCGCAACUCUCGCAGACGCCCAUACUCGCGCCCAUCGCGCCCCGCCACCCGUUAGCAGACACGAUGAACCCGCCUAACGAUGCCGAUGAUUCUGAUCAGGGUUGCCCCUACGUGCAUCUACAGGCGGUGCACGAGUACACGUAUCCAGGCGGACACAGCGAGCGCUCGUCGCCUAAUAAGCCGUCGCUGCUGCGACGGGAUUCCGACCCGCUGAAGAAGUCGCCGCCACUGCCAACGAAGAAGGAGGGCGCCGCGCCAAUACCCGCUAGGCUGAAGUGCAGACACUGCCACGAGUGGUACAUGGAGUCUGCGAACGGCGCGGGCGCGUGCGAGUAUGCCCCGGACUGCUUCAAGUCCUGCAUAGAGACCGUCACCUGCAUAAAGGGCGCGCAGUGCGUGAUGUACCACUGCAUGUCUGAUGCUGAGGGGAACUUCAACCAGCCCUGCGCUUGCGGGCCGCCCGAUACGCACUGCUCCAAACGAUGGUUCGCCAUAACGCUGAUGUCGUUUAUAAUGCCGUGUCUGUGGUGCUACCCGCCGCUUCGUCUCACCCACCGGCUGGCCAAGCACCUCCGUUUAGCGGGGGGACAGCACGCGCCUCAAUAGGGGCAAGCUCGUGGGCAGGCCAGUCCUCAGACUAGCCAGCUCACGAGGAGAUCGCUUACUCUGUAAGUGGAGUUGUGAAGCGCACAGAAGUGUAGCGCACAGUAAGUUGUGAAGUGCACAGUAAGUUGUGCACAGAAGCGCUGUGAAGCGCGAUUAAGUACUGAGAAGCGCAUUGAAAUGCUUUGAAGCGCAUUGGAUUGCUGUGAAGUGCACAGUAAGUGCUGUGAAAUGCACAGGAGGUUAAAGUGGCUAUAGCAUGCAUGAGAAGGUAAAGUGUAUAAAAUACACAGUAAGUUGCUAUGAUUUGCACAGGAAGGUAAUGUGCUAUGAUUUGCACAGGAAGGUAAUGUGCUAUGAAAUGCACAGGAAAUUAAGCAGAGUAUGCAAUGCAUAGGAAGUGCUGUGCUUUGACAAGUUGAAGAAACACAAGACAAGUUAAAGUGAUAUUUGAACUGCACAGUUAGUGAAGAGGAUAAAAUUUAAAAUGUAAGACACGGACUAGUCAGUCUAAGUGGAAUGCAAGUGAAGAGCACAGGAAAUAAAAGUUAUGAAGAGAGCAGAAAAGGUACAGAACAAAAUUAAAAUGAAGAAUGUUAUGGCGUUGGAUAAUUAUAAUUUACUGCCAAGGCGAAAGUCAAAUUGACGCUUCAAUGCAAUGACAUUGUAAGUGGCAAGCAAUGAAUGCACAAAGCGUCAUGCGCACAAAAGUGCACAAAGUGUGUGCAUUAAAUGCACAUGAACAUAACAACUAGUCAUAUAUCACAAGUGGUCGUUGCAAGUGUUGAACUUUGCAAGUGUUGAAUGUUGCAAGUGUUGAAUGUUGCAAGUGUUGAAUGUUGCAAGUGUUGAACGUUGCAAGUGUUGAAUGCUGCAAUUGUUGAACAUUGCAAAAGUGUAGGACAAGUGAUACAAGUGUUGACCAUGACAAGUUAUAGUAUCUAAAGAGGUUUAUUAUAUUCACAAAACAUAGAUUAUAAUUCUUAAAUAACAGGGGGCACGUAAUUAUUUUUGUCCCGCUAGUCGCUUGUCACUUAAAAACAGUGUGCAAGGCAGCAAAUUUAGAAAUCAUGUUGUCCCGCUCACACAUGUAUAUUUGCACGAAAGACGGAGAUUAUGCCGUCUCACUUACACGAAUAGUGUGCAAGUGAGAUGGCAACUUAGAGAAGAUUUAUAUAUCAAAUCGCGUCAUUUGUGCAAAAUCAAAAGUGCUACUGCACAAACUAUUGAGAUAUGAAUCCUAUCUUCGCGUACUUUAAAUUUUACGCGAAAGAGGGAGAUGCAAAGAUAAUUACGUAAGCUCCUAAGUAUGUGUGUCUGUUUUUUACCAGUAUUAAUGUUUCAUGGUCCAAAGCACGUCAUAUUUUAUUUCUGUCUUCCAUGGUUCGUUUGUACGGUCUCCGUACUUUUCAAGUUAACAUAUCUUAAUGUUAUUUUAUUCGUUUUCAAUAUAUUUAAAUAUGUUGUCUUAUAAUGUAUAUAGGCUAAUGAGCUUGUGAGUUUCGCUUCGAUGUGUAUGCUAAACGCUUUUUAAGAUGUCUGUAUGCAUUUUUAAUAUGGCUUAGUUACAAACGAGUAGUUUGGUCAACGAACAGAAUUGAUGUAAGUCAUUCACGUAUCUUAUGUCUCACGACAGUCCCUUGCUAGACAAGGACAGAUAUUAAAAAGGUCAGUGACCUAUUUUGAUUCUGUUCAAUGACCAUACUAUUAAUUUGUUUGAGGUUAGUCGAGUCAACGGACCGACUAAACCUUAAUCUAAGCUUAUUGUUACGGGUUUAUCGUUACCUGUGUAAAAUAUUUCUUUUCUCUAGCAUAAGUAUUUCGUAAUGUCACUAUUUAAACUAGAUUUUAAACGAUGUUGAAAAUUUUGAAUACUUAUUCAUCUAAAUAUGUUUUGUAAUCUAAGAAAUCAUAUUUAUAUCAUUGUUCCUUUAUCCAAUGACCAAUAUUUUAAUCUAAUACGUUUUAGUUAGACAUUGUUUUGCGCUCGUUGAUCAAAACUACAUAUAAACAUACCGUUUGUAAAUAAUACUAAAGUGUAACCCGUCAAAGUUUGGACUGAGAAUAGGGCUCACUUAUUCUAGAUUUUCACGGGGUUAUACAGCUUUGUGGCCAUAAUGCCUGUUGACAUUGUAGCCACGAAGGUCGGGAUCGUUAUUCAGGAAUUUUAUAAACCAACGCGCGCAUCUCAACCGCGAACUAAAGUGUAUUUGAAAUGUUAACCCAAUCUCAAACGUUAAGUCAAUGUAUUGAAUGUUAACUAUAUGAGAAAGUGUAUUUUAACUGUUUUCUAAAUAUGAACUGUUAGGUCAAUAGUAAUGGAAAUAAUUGAAACUGAGAGAUUAUAGACAUAUGUAUUUCCUUAGUGAUUGGCUAACGCUGUGGUCGCUAUUGAAAAGAUAAACUUGUGUCGAAAAAGAUUUAAGAAUAAAUUCAUAGAAUGUGGUGUAUAUUUGAUCCCUAGAACCCUGUUCCUACUUAAAGGCAAAGGGUUGAAAAUUAGGGGUAGCAAAAUAUUUCAUUGAGAUGUAAGGACUAAGGAACUGUGUGGCAGCUUGUCUCACAGAUUUAAAUAGAUAUCACAGAAUAUGAUGUUUGAAUAUUUCCAUUCUAUUAAGCGGUACAUUCCAGAUUUUCUUUCUAGAGUAAGUGCAAAUUAGAAAUAUAAAGAGACAAAAUAUGGAGUUUAUGAUAUGUGUUUAGUAUUUACAAUCAAAAUCAUAAUACGAGAAAAAAUUAUAA